AGUUCUCGACGGCUUCGACCUCGAUCGCGUCGAGUGGAUAUAAAAGACUCUCCGCGCUCGCUGUCUUCCCAUCGCCGGCCAAGCUUCGUCUCUGUCUUGUCUUUUCUUGUCUCCGCCCCCUUAUACUCCCUCUCUCGCAAUGGCUCAGCUCACUUCCGGCGGCAACGCUGCCUUCCACAACUACGCAAACGAGUUUGCUCACAUCUCAGACCCCAACGAGCGACGGAGGCUCGCUCUCGAGAAGAUCGAUAACGCGCCCUUUGGCUGGUACCAUAUCCGCGCCAUCACCGUCGCCGGUAUCGGUUUCUUCACCGACGCCUACGACAUCUUCUCCAUCAACAUCGCCGUCACCAUGCUUGGCUAUGCCUACUUCCACGACAACAAGAGCAAGCUUCCCACCAACUCGGACACAGCCGUCAAGGCGGCCACUUCCGGUGGUACCGUCGUCGGCCAGCUUUUCUUUGGCUGGUUGGCGGACAGAAUCGGUCGUAAGCGCAUCUACGGUGUCGAGCUCUUGAUCAUCAUGAUCGGAACCAUCGGCCAGGCUCUCUCUGCUGAGGGUCCCAGUGUUAACAUCAUCGGACUGCUUGUCUUCUGGCGUGUCAUUAUGGGUAUCGGUAUCGGUGGCGACUACCCGCUUUCCUCCAUCAUCACCUCUGAAUUCGCUACCACCAAGUGGAGAGGUGCCAUCAUGGGCGCUGUCUUCGCCAACCAGGGAUGGGGUCAGCUCACCGCCGCCAUCGUCGCCCUGAUUGUCACCCGCGGUUUCAAGGGUACUCUUUCGGCUGCCAACUCCGCCUCUGAGUGCCUUGGCAACUGCCAGACUGCCAACGACAAGAUGUGGCGUGUUGUCAUCGGCUUCGGUGCCAUCCCCGCCUGCUUCGCUCUCUACUUCCGUCUGACCAUCCCUGAGACUCCCCGUUACACCUUCGACGUCGCCCGCCAGCUCGAGCAGGGAUCUGCCGAUAUCAACAAGUACAUCAACGGCAGCAGCGGUGACGCCACUGCUGAUGAGGUUAAGGCCAUUAAGGAGAUUGCCCCUGAGGACUCUGCCGAGCUCGCUGUUCCCAAGGCUUCGUGGGCUGACUUCUGGCAUCACUUUUCGCAGUGGAAGCAUGGAAAGAUUCUCAUCGGAACUGCUGGUUCGUGGUGCUUCCUUGAUAUUGCCUUCUACGGUCUUGGUUUGAACAACUCCACCAUUCUUGCUGCUAUCGACUACGCCGGCCAGGACAACGUCUACGACAACAUCUACAACGUCUGCGUCGGAAACAUCAUCCUCACCUGCGCCGGUGCUAUUCCCGGAUACUGGUUCGCCGUUGCUACUCUUGACACCGUCGGACGCAAGCCUCUUCAGAUCGUUGGUUUCGCUCUUCUCACCAUCCUCUUCUGCAUUAUCGGAUUCGCCUACCACAAGCUUUCCGGCCAUGCCCUUCUCGCUCUCUACGUCCUCUGCCAGCUCUUUGAGAACUGGGGUCCCAACACCACUACCUUCAUCGUUCCCGGUGAGGUCUUCCCCACCCGCUACCGUUCGACCGCUCACGGUAUGUCUGCCGCGUCCGGAAAGGUCGGUGCCAUCAUCGCUCAGUGUGCUAUCGCUCCUCUGCGUACCCAUGGCUGCCCCGGUGGUACUUGCUGGUUGAACCACGUGAUGGAGAUCUUUGCGCUCUUCAUGCUCCUCGGUUUCUUCGUCUCGUUCUUGAUUCCCGAGACCAAGCGCAAGACUCUUGAGGAGAUCGCCGAGGAGUGCCACGGCGAGUACAACUACAAGGGCCCUGCUGCUUUGAACGAGGACUCUGAGUCUUCGGAGAAGCAGGUUGAGGUUUAGAUUGCUUAUGUAUAUUUGUUAGAAAAAUCUGCUUAUUUGUUGCUUGUUGCUUUUCUUCUACGCGGUAAUAAUGGUUAAUGCGCUUUCUGUCUCAAAAAUUCGCUUGGAAAGAUUUAUGUAUAGUUCAGUAAUGUGUUGUUGAGGAUGACGACGGUCACGAAAGCGAUCUCGUAUACAUUUCUCCAGUUUAGUGAUUGUUUUCUAGUUUUUUUUUGCAUGGGAUAUUUAUAUAGGGUAUGAAAUUUGUUUUAAUAGUAUUGAUUUACAAACACAAC